AUGGGUAAUAACAUUCCUGCUCCAAUUUCGGUAGCCACAGCAACUACCUCAGAUCAUCUCGACACAUUCAAGACCGAAUAUCACCCUCACAGUGGUUGCGCUCCGAUUGAGACGACACAAUCGCCUGUCAUCGAUGACGAGCCAUGGCAGCCUUUCAGCUGUCGUGCAGACUUCGAGUUUGCUGAACUUGCCCACCGAGCUGCCUUGGGCAAAGACCAAACUAAUGAACUACUCAAGUUCAUCUGGAGAGUUGCGGAUGGUCGCACAAACUUUACUUUCAAAACUCACAAUGACGUGUCAGCUGCAUGGACGAGGGCAUCCAGCCAACUGACUCCUUUUGAAAGACAUGUUGUACCUGUUGAGUAUAAGAAGGAAAACAUCGAGUAUGAAGUAUAUUCACGACCACUAUGGGACUGGGCAUUGGACCUCUUGGAUAACCCCUUGCUAGCACUGCAGUUCACAUCUUUGCCCCAUAAUGGUGCACCAUUCGCAUUUAUACUGUAUGCUGACAAAACGCACCUUUCGUCGGCCGGUGCUGUCAAGGCAUACCCAGUAAUCGCACGCUGCGGGAAUCUGCCUGUUGAAAUCAGGAAUGUUGAUGGUCCUGGAGGAGGACGCUUAGUGGGUUGGUUGCCAAUAGUUCCUGCAGACUCAGACAAGGAUGGCAAGCUGUCCUAUACGAAUUUAAAGAAGGUCGUAUGGCACAAAUCAUUCACGAUUCUCCUCGAAACCCUCAGUCUCAUCUCCAAAACUGGCUUCGCGCACCAAUGCUAUGAUGGAAUUCUACGCUGGUUAUUUCCACUAAUACUGAUUUUAUCGGCCGAUUACGAAGAGCAGUGUGUGAUGGCCCUGAUACGAGGGUUCAACUCUGCAUGUCCUUGCCCUAUUUGCCUUGUCCCGAAGGACAAGCUCACCGACCAUUCUACAAUAUACCCUACCCGCGUCAUUGAUGAUGCACAAGCUUGCGUCCAAUUGUGGAACAUGGACCGUACCGCUGGUGAGGCGGCACUAAAAAAGCAGAGUCUAAGGCCUGUCGAUGUGAGUGAUUCAUUCAACUUUCUCGCUCUCAAAACUAAAUGGUCUCAUAACCGUCAGAACUCUUUGUGGAUUGUUGAACGGUCCAGCCCGCAUGACGCACUCUCGCAAGAUACCUUGCACGCUUACGACAGUGGUUUGUUUGACGAUCACAUGUUCGAGGAAGUCAAGGCCCACCUGAAAACACUGGGACGUACUGCUGAGAAGACGACUGAUGACCAGUUCGCUGCGUUUCUGCGAUGGCGAAACCUAAACCACUUCGACCACGUUACAAACAUCAGUUUUUCCGAUGGCAACAAGUUCCUGGAUAUAUCUAAGAACGUGCUCACACGCAAAGAUGACGAAGCUGGUUAUGCACUUCUAAAGUGCAUAGCCAGCUAUCUCCAUGCCUACAUGUAUAUAACAUUUGAUGUUCACACAGAAAGCACUAUUGCAGCUGGGGAGGCCGAGAUUCUCGUUUUCCAGAAGUGCUUAGAUCAAUAUAUCAAAGUUCUCGGUGACGAAGCGACAAAAAACUGGAAUUUUCCGAAGGCGCACUCAAUGAGGCACAUAUUUUCUGACAUUAGGGCAAAAGGAGCUGCGCGAAACUUUAGUACGCGGCCAAACGAGAAGCAUCAUGGGCCGAUCAAGAGGGCCUAUAAACUGCAAACAAAUGGCAAAGAUAUCGCAAACCAGAUACUCAGGCUUGACCACACAACCUUCGUCUCUGUAGUCCUCCGCAACCGCAUCGAUCAUUUCGAUGAUGAACGACGCAAGGCCAUACUUUCGGAGAGAGAGCUUGAGACAGAGGACCUGGAUGAUUGGUCUUUUGGCGGGUGGCGCUCCUCACUUGAAAACGACAAUGUGUCCAACCGUGCCUUUGGGCAGUUCCGCAAAAAGCUCUCGACCUUCCUUAAUCACGCUCUACCUGCAUACAAUAUACCAUUACCUGAUGGCAAAACGUGGCUGACGCUUUCAGCACAAGAUACGGUCAUCAAUUACGAGUCUGUUGUGGACUGGAAGCUUACUACCAACCACCUGCGCUGCAACCCGAGCUUUCAUGGCCGUGAACGACGUGACUGUGCCCUUGUUUGCACCCAGGACAAAGAUGGGAAUAAUAAGAACAUUUUUGUUCGCAUUUUAUUCAUGUUCAAGCAAUCAAUUGGCAGUCAAACAUUGGAUCUCGCCCUAGUUCAACCUAUGGAUGCUCCGAUAGGCCCACAACACGCUAUAGAUCAAGAUUUGCGACUGAGAUGUCUUUACUUCGCUAGUACAAGGGGCGACUUUUUUCUCGUUGAUUAUGUGGACUCCAACAUGUUCCUUCGUUCGCAGAGAUAUAUGUUCUAA